AUGCACUCCCCAGACAACGAGACGUUCUCGACACCGCCUAGCACACCCUCGAUGCCCGAUUCCAUACGACCCUCCAUCUCACGCCGUACUAGCCGGCCAUCACAGCUCCACAUAAUGCAGAAUUCUUCCGACUGCAGCGUCGUCGUCGAGCAGCAGUCCCCCGAGAUCUCAGCCAGGCUCCAGUCCGGCACUCCAACUGGGACCAUGGUCAACGGCAAGACGGACAGGCAUGUCGCAACCAUUCAAGGCCCACAGGCAACAUCCAACACACCCACGAUUACACACCAUUCCGUUCCUAGCCCAGUGCAGCCUCAGCGCCGGGCUCCGUCGCCUGCGAUCAAAUCACCUUGUUUCCUUCACUCCAAACUUCAGAGCAACUCCCUCAUGGACUGGCUCGGCUCCGUAUACGACGACAAGUCCUCCAAUGGAUCCCGAGAAAAGGAGAAGGCCGAACACACCUACCCCGACGGCACUGUCUCCGACUACAGCUACAGCGACACAUUAUCCCCCUACGACGAUGAGGAGCGCGAGUACGGUCCCAGCCUCACCAAGAAGCUUGCGGAGACCGCGAUUAGUGUGCGGGAAGUGAGCAAAAAGCUUGGUCGCACCCGCGUCCAGUCCAACAUCCAGAGCGUGCUCAUCGUGACCAAGGCGCGAGACAACCGUCUGAUCAAGCUCACCCGGGAGCUCGCGCUCUAUCUCAUGAUGAAGCGGAGAGGUGGCGAGCGGGGCAUGAUUGUCUAUGUCGACAACCAACUGAAGACCUCCAGACGGUUUGACGCAGCCGGCAUGCAGCGCGACCACCCCGAACUCUUCGUUCCCUUCCCCAAGCGUCGCACCUCUAGUACCUCCUCCCUGUUAUCUGCCCAGAGCACGACCAACGGCGACAGUUCCUUUUCACAAGAGGGCCAGCUUCGCUACUGGACUGCCGAUAUGUGCAACAGGAGCCCCCAUCUCUUCGACUUCGUCGUCACGCUCGGCGGAGAUGGCACCGUCCUGUUCACGUCGUGGCUGUUCCAGCGCAUCGUGCCGCCAGUGCUCCCGUUCGCGCUGGGCUCGCUGGGUUUCCUCACAAAUUUCGACUUCGCGGACCACCGCAAAGUGAUGGACAGCGCGAUCGAUAAUGGGAUCCGAGUCAACCUGCGCAUGCGCUUUACGUGUACCGUCUACCGCGCGAUCGCCCCUGAGAAGAACAGCAAGGCGUGUCGGGCCAUCAAGAAGGGCGGAACUGGCGAGAUCCUCAUGCGCGGUAUUGAGGAGAGCGGUUGGGAGGCCCUGGAGAGCGGCGGGAUCUGUGGGAAGGCCGGCGAGAAGGACAAGGAGAUAAUGUGCUUCUCGACAAGGCCGGUCGAGUGUUUCGAGAUCCUCAACGACCUGGUCGUUGACCGAGGGCCGAGCCCUUACGUCAGUCUCCUCGAACUGUUCGGUGACGAACACCAUCUGACAACGGUGCAAGCCGAUGGUCUGUGCGUGGCGACUCCGACCGGUUCGACGGCCUACUCGCUGUCGGCCGGAGGAUCCCUGGUGCACCCCGAAAUUCCGGCCAUCCUCAUCACGCCACUUUGCCCCCAUACGCUCUCGUUCCGGCCUAUGCUUCUUCCGGAUACGAUGGAGCUGCGUAUAUGUGUUCCCUUCAACUCAAGAAGUACGGCGUGGGCCUCUUUCGAUGGCCGCGGGCGUGUUGAGCUCAAGCUCAAGUGGCUGGAGCUCAUUUUGGAUCCAGAGGGCGACCAUAUCAAGGUCACUGCUUCCCAAUAUCCCUUCCCCACCGUCUGUGCGGAGUCUCAAUCUCGCGACUGGUUCCACUCUAUCUCGCGUACGCUCAAAUGGAACGAACGCGAGAGGCAAAAGUCAUUCGUCGUGGUGGAGGAAGAGGGCACUGGGCGCAAGCGCAGGUCAACAGUGACCAAGGAGCACGAUGGUCCUACUCCCACCGUGGCGAAGCACGCCACCCCCAAGCCUAACAGCAAAGUGGAAGAGGACGAGGAGGACGAAUGCUCCGACGAAGACGAAGAGAAGUUCGACAUUGAUGACCUCUCGUCAGCAGAGUCACCCACCACGUCCGACAAGAACAAGCUUAGUCCCAAAGAAGAAACGCGUGGGCAGACGAACCUCCGCCAGGAAGAAGAGAACCGCGAGCAGGAGCGUGCACAUAACGCCGCGGUUUCCCUUGCCCGGGGCAACCCCGACCUCUCGUCGACCCCAUCCUCGGGGCUCAAGUCGGGCAUUGACUCCCCGGACCGUUUUGCGGGAUCGCACCCUCACCCACCGCGGAUCUCUCCACGCCACGUUCAGUUCGUGGCCUCCUCGGCAUCUUCAUCGUCCUCGUCGAUCGAUCAGCAAUCGCAAUCGACGGUCAACGGCGAGCGGGGGGAGCGAGACGACAUCCGCGGCCCGCGCUCCGCACACUUCAGCAGCAAGGUCCGCAUCCCGCGCGACCGCGACGUUGAGGGCGAGAGUCUGAAGACACCUACCCCCGUCGACCCCUCGCGGAUGCCAUUCUCGCGGAGCCGGUCCCGGUCUCGCUCACGCGACCCGCCGCGGCGCGCAUUCGCGGUCUGGGGCCAUGACGAGAGCGACAGCGCGGCGAGCGACAGCGAUGCGGAUGCUUGA